GCAACAGACACCUGUAACUGCCCUUUCCUUUCUAGAGGAUCCACAAGCAGAAAGGAGGAGCUCAAAGAGACAACGGCUUCAGGUGUGAGCUGGGCUGAAUUUGCUCAAACAGACAUGGACAAGGGAGAGAGGGACUGUUCCUCCGGGGAGUAUUUUGUGCAGAGGGAGGUUCUGGAUGAGUUGCGUCUGGAUGAAGUGGCACAAAAAGGGACGUGGUCCACUAAACCAACCCUGGGUGAACGGGUGAAAGAGUCCCUGAGGUGUUCAGUGCCCAGGCUGAGGCACUCUGUGUUGAGCUGGGUGCCCGUUCUCGGCUGGUUGCCUGGCUACUCCAUCAGAGAAAAUGCCAUAGGGGACCUGAUCUCUGGCCUCAGUGUGGGCAUCAUGCAUCUGCCGCAGGGCAUGGCUUAUGCUCUUCUGGCUUCCUUACGCCCUGUGUUUGGCCUGUACACAUCCCUCUACCCGGUGCUGGUCUACUUCAUCUUUGGUACUUCCAGACACAACUCCAUAGGUACGUUUGCUGUGAUCAGCAUCAUGAUUGGGAGUGUGACGGAAAGGCUGGCACCCGACAGUAACUUUAUUGUAAAUGGCACCAAUGGGACAGAAAGUGUGAACAUCGAUGCACGGGAUGCCUUCAGAGUACAGAUAGCAUGUUCCCUCACAGUCUUGGCAGGAAUCUUUCAGUUCCUGCUAGGUGUGGUGAGGUUUGGUUUCGUGGUCACCUACCUGUCUGAGCCGCUGGUUCGUGGCUACACUACAGGGUCAGCAUGUCAUGUAUGUGUCUCACAGCUCAAGUACCUGUUUGGAGUGAAACUGUCUCGAUUCACCGGUCCUCUCUCCCUUAUCUAUACUCUGGUGGAAAUCUGCCGACUGCUGCCUCAGACUAAGGUGCCGGAGCUGGUGGUCAGCCUGGUGGCACUUGCUGUACUCAUUGUAGUCAAAGAAAUCAAUACCUGCUACAGACAGAAGCUGCCUCUGCCCAUCCCUAUAGAACUCAUAGUUAUUGUAGCAGCAACAAUCAUCACCCACUUCUGUGGACUUACGAGUAAAUACAGCAUUGAUGUGGUUGGAGAGAUACCCAGUGGGCUCAAGGCCCCUCGAGCUCCAGAUACCACUUUGUUCUCAGAGGUGAUAGGUGAUGCUUUUGCCGUGGCCAUUGUGAGCUAUGCCAUCACCAUUUCCCUUGGCAAAACAUUUGCCCUCAAACAUGGCUACAACGUGGACAGCAACCAGGAGCUGGUUGCUCUGGGUCUUAGUAACACCGUUGGUGGCUUUUUCCAGUGUUACUCAGUGACAUCCUCAUUGUCUCGCAGCCUUGUCCAGGAGAGCACAGGGGGCAAGACACAAGUUGCGGGAGUGAUUUCGUCUAUCAUUGUGCUGAUCACAGUUUUGAAAAUAGGUGCUCUCUUUGAAGAUCUCCCCAAGGCUGUCUUAUCUACAAUAGUGUUUGUGAAUUUGAAAGGAAUGUUUAAGCAGUUCAUGGACGUGCCUAUGCUGUGGAAGACCAACAAGGUUGAUCUGCUGGUGUGGCUGGUAACAUUAAUAAGCACCAUCCUGCUCAACCUGGACCUGGGUCUGGCUGUUUCCAUUGGCUUUUCCAUGCUCACUUUCAUUUUCAGAACACAACUACCCCGUUACUCUAUCUUGGGCCAUGUGCCAGGCACUGACUUGUAUCUGGAAACAGACACCUACAAGGAGGCUAAAGAGAUUCCAGGAAUUAAAAUCUUCCGUUCAUCUACAACUAUCUACUACACAAAUGCUGAGAUGUACUUGGAGGCCCUGCAAGAGAAGAGCGGAAUUGAAAUCGGGAAGCUGCUGACGGCAAAGAAGACACGAGACGCGGAGCUGAAGCGUAAACAAGAGAAAGAGAAAAAGAAAGCGAAAAAGGAGGCAAAGAAACAAAACAAAGCAGUCAGCCACCUGUCCAAUGGCACAUUCUCUUUGAAGGAGUCAGAGAUGAAUGAGGGACAAGUCUUUGCUGGACUGAGGGUACAGGGUCAAGGGAAUGGUGCAACCUUAAGCCCGACAGAGACCUCUACAAAUAGCCUUAGUAAAGGACAAGUAAACUGGGCUUACCAACAUGACACAACCAUGCUGGACUCAGAUUCAGAUACGGGUUGCCAAGGUGAUGACAGCAUCAACCAGGUAUCUCACCAUGGUGAUGAGGAGAAGGGAAGGGCCUGCGGAUCAGGCACGCACAGCAUAAUCCUGGACAUUUCAACAACCAGCUUUGUGGACACAGUUGCUGUGAAUACAUUGAAAAAUGUUUUCAGGGACUUUGGGGCGAUUGAUUUGGACAUCUAUCUAGCAGGCUGCCAAGCCUGUGUUGUGGAGCAGCUGGAGAUUGCAGGUUUCUUCUCAGAGUCCAUCAGAAAGAGCAGGUUGUUUGUCACAGUUCAUGAUGCAGUGCUUCAUAUUCUCAAGAAACGGGGGCAGACAGACUUCAUACUUGAUGUUUCCUGCAACACCCAGAUGUAACCAUCAGGGGUCAGACUGUUCCAACUCUCGCCAUCUUCCUCCUCCUCCUCUUCUUAGGCUGCUGACUGUUCCAUUGCUCACUAUUGGUCAUCGUUGUCUCCUCCCCCUUUCGGUGGAGAAGAAUGCACCACAUUGACAUGGCGGCUGGUUGCCAUGGAAAUACAGGGAGCCGUUGCUAUGGCAACAGGCUUUUUAUGAUAUCGCCUAAUGAGAUACCCAGCAAUACGUCAUUGCAGCUCUCUCGAUCUGUGGUGUGUGUGUGUGUGUGUGUGUGUGUGUGUGUGUGCGUGACAGACAGAGAAGGGGCGGGGGAUGAGUGGGAGAAUGUAACAUUGGACUAAUAGGAAUCUGUAUUUAUAGCCUGUAUGAGAGAGUAGAGAGUGAGUGAAAGGUUGACUGUAAUGGGAAACCCGUGUGAGAGGUAUUGUUGUGAACAGACGGGCCACGAUGCGUGUGUAUCUGUCUGUCGGUCGAUCUGUAUUCUUGAAUCAAUGCAGUUGGCCCUCCUGUUCUUUCAGAAAACGAAAGCCACAUGUCUUCCACAACAAAUCAAUAGAAUGUAAAUAUUUGUUAUUGAUAUAGCCAGGCCAUGCCCUUUGGAGGGGUUCUUAAUCCUUACAUUACCACCCAUUUGCUCCAGAAGCCUGCAUGAAAGAGCCUAAAUGCAGAUAUGGUGGAUAAGUUUAAUAGGUGUAACAUUUUAUCAGAGCAGCAGGUUUUAAACACAGCGUGGGUGUAUUUAUAGUCAGUAUUCACAUGUCUGAUUCCUUUGACAACUUAAGCUCCAUUCUAUUUUUGGGAUCCAGUCUCAUGUUAUCAUCUAUCAUAACUAUCUAGCAUUUGCUAAACACUCUAUUGCAAUAUAUGCUACAUGUUUCAUAUGAAUAUAAUUGAUUUGGAUAGCCCACCUGAAUAUUUUUGCUGUCAGCCAUAAAAAGUUUUGUUUUUAUUAUUUUUUACUUUGAGAAAUGUGUUAGAGAGCACAGAAUGUUUAGAAGGCCUGCAAGACAGUUCAAUUUAUGUGCAAUUCUGUUGGUUGGAAAAAUGAGUCCUA